AUGGAGGUGAGAAGUCGCAGUGCCAGCACUCUGAAGGAGUCCAUGGAGGUAGAAGUAGAGUGCCUGCAACUCUGCAGGAGUCCUGAGAGGAUCUCUGAAAAAUUCAGGGAUCCUCCACUCAGGGUUUACCCUGAGUGGAGGAGGUUCAUGAUCAACAGCCUGCACGGAUUUAGAGACGAUUCAAGUCGCUCCAGUAAGCGAGGUUACGACCGUCUUAAAGCCAGCAAAUCAGACACAAAUGUCAAUAACAGUCCAGAUCUACAGAGAAACACUUACAAGGGUUCACUGACCCCUGAAGCCGAGUCUGCAGCCACGACUACCCUCACGAUACCCACAGCCACGACUACCCUCACGAUACCCACAGCCAAUACCACCCUCACGAUACCAACAGCUACUACCAACCUCACGAUGCCAACAGGCACUGUACCCACUGCUAUGGGCAAGGGCACCACCCCGACCACCGACUUUCUCGUAGACGUAACACCUGUAACCUCACCGUCAGUUUCUGAUGCUUCCGACUACGAUGAUGAUGAUGAUGAUGACGAUGAGGACAAUGAAGCAUUGACGUGUAAUGUCUGUGAUCGAGUGUUUCCCACACCAACUCUCCUGGCUUCUCACCAGACAAGGAAGAGACAUUAUGGACAACGAAGAGACAUUAUGGAUAAGUUAGAGAAGAAACAGGAAGACUUAGGCUUCUCACCAGACAAGGAAGAGACAUUAUGGGUUAAGUUAGAGAAGAAACAGGAAGAUUAG